UGAGCCGCCCUGGAUAAGUAUAUCAUCUUCCGUGAAAACAAGAAUGAAAUGUACACUGAGGAAACUGGCAAACUAACAGUUUAAAGAAAUGUAUCAGAACUCCGAAACCAGAGGAAAAAAUGCCAGUGAAAUAAAUUGCGCAGUAGGCGCAUGCGGUGACAUGGGCUUCCCUUAAGUAUGACUUGCUAGGAAACAGACAUUUCGGAACGAAAAUGGAAAAGCGCAACGAGGGUUAGCAGAACAAACCAGGAACUACUGGAAUAUAUGAUGAAAGGAUUAUAAACCCAGGAGGUAGGCCAUUAAAUGCCAGUCUCAAGUGCUGCCGCGAAAGCCGCCGACAAAACUAUUCAGAGCGGAGGUUCGUCAGCCAGUAUCUAAGGUUGGUACAGCCUCAUUUUAGGCAUUUCGUCUCAUGAGUCAAAAUCAAAGAGUAAUCCAAGGCCAUACAGACUUAUCAGGAUCAACUGCAGGAACUCGAUACUCGGCUCCACCCCAACACCACAACUGUAGAACUAAACACAGAUGAUCUUGUGGAUAUGUGAUCUCAGUAUCCAGAAGCAGUGUGCAUAAGCUUGUACAACAACUUCAGGUUGAACAAUUGAAUUAUUUGCUUCAGGGUUCUGGCAGUAGCAUUUCUUGUUUACUCUGCUGGCAUUUAUGUAACCUCUACCUUAAAGAAGAAUUUUAAAAGACCUGAGCAUUCAGCUCAGGUGACAAACAUGAGUACUGGGCGUAUUAAGCUUUACUUAUGGCUUAUUUGUGCUUUUACUGCAAACAUUUUAGUGUACACAGUAAUCAAAUUAUCAAAAUCAAGCUCUGCAGAAAUACUUAAUGGGAAAAAAGGGGUGACUAUUCCACAGAAGUUCUGGAAGUAUGAAAACACAGAGAAAAUGGCACUUUGGAACUUCCUACAGUUUCAUUAUGAGAAAUCACUCAAUCCUGUCUUUAAUGCUACAAAAAGAAAAUAUGACAACUCUUCAUUUCCAGAGACUUUCCAAAAGCUUGUAUUCUCUACUAAAGCUAAGCAGAUUUCUUCAUUUCCAGAUCAGAUAAAAGAAUUUAUUUGGUCUAUGCAUCAUCGAAAUUUCACUCUUGUUAUCAACCAAGAGCAUGUUUGUGAUGAAGAUUUGGUUUUACUACUGGCAGUCAAAUCUCUUAUCCCAAAUUUUGAUCGGAGACAAGCUAUUCGGCAGACCUGGGGCCAGGCAGGGAAAGUUGGGAAUGUGACAGUAAAGGUUGUAUUUUUGCUUGGAUCACAGGACCACACAAGAGGUGAUCCAAACCUUUUUGACCUUCUGAAAUUUGAAGAAAGGCACUUUGGUGACAUUAUUAUGUGGCACUUUAAGGAUACCUUUUUUAAUCUUACCAUAAAGAAUCUUCUGUUUUUUCAGUGGCUUGAGGACUAUUGUCCAAAUGUCCAUUACAUUUUCCAGGGAGAUGAUGAUAUUUUUGUCAACACAGUUGCUCUUGCUGAGUAUAUUUCAACGAAAGACAUUAGUACAAGUCAGAAUAUGUUUGUAGGUCAGGUAAUUUCUGAUGCCUCACCAGUUCGUGAUAGAAAUUUAAAGUAUUAUAUUCCAGAAGAAUUCUAUCAAGGAGCCUAUCCUCUAUAUGCAGGAGGUGGAGGUAUCCUUUAUUCUGCAAGUCUUGCAAGAAGUCUUAAUGCUGUUUCCAAACAUGUUGUGGUGUUUCCUAUUGAUGAUGUGUAUAUCGGCAUGUGUCUCCAUAAACUUGGCAUUAUCCCAGAGAAUCAUGAGGGCUUCAGAACAUUUGAUAUAAGAGAAGAAGACAGACAUGACAUUUGCAUUCAUAAGACUCUUAUUUUAGUGCAUCAGCGAUCAUCCCAGGAAGUCAUUAAGUUGUGGAGAGGAUUGCAUGAUCCAUCUUUGAAGUGCUAGUACAGAAGGGUAUUUAUUCAUUGCUGUUGAUGUAAUUGAGCAAGAUUUGUAAACAUCAAAUCAAGAAUAAUGAAGAGAGGAAAUAGGAGUCUAACUAUUACGUAAACUCAGAAAAAAAAACUCCCUUUGUUGCCUCAGGUUUCCUGGCUGUACAAAAACACUAACCAUACAGUUGAAAUGGCAUAUUUUGCUCUUCAGAACAGUAAUAAUAGAGAAGUGAAUGAACUAGAAAUCUGAAUGCCUUAAGAUGCAUGCAAAUCUGAAAUAUUUGAAAACAGUAUGUAAUUAAAACAAAUAUGAUCACACAAAUGGAGUAUUUGAAGACUGAUCAGGAUUUUGUAUAUGAUAAGCCUAAUCGUGCUGUACAUAUUUUUUCUUUUUGAUGUCUCCAUUUAUUUGUGUCAAUUUCUCUAUUGUAGAAUUGUUUUUGUUCUUCAUUACAGCUACUAGAAAUCUUUUCUGAAAGUACACUGUAUAUAUUAGUUCCAGUUUCAUAGAAUGACAUCUCAUUCUUCAACUUUUGCCUGUGAAACAUACCAUCUUUUGGUGGUGUCCUUUUUGUUACUCCAUUAGUUGUUUAAAGGUGCCUGUUCUUGUACCUCCUACCUCUUUUUCAAAGCACACAUUAUGGUACUUAGAAGCUAGUCAUUCAGACUUUAAUGUGUAUGUGUGCUGCUUUACUUGCCCUUUUCCAGACUGCUCAUUGUAUUCUUCCAGUAACACGGUCUUCAGAACUUGGCAUAAUACCUUGAUGGAGUCUUGUCAGUGAUGUAUGAUGUGAUACCGCCACCAUUUUUUUGUGGGACAUUUUGAUGAAUGUAUAUGCUGUUCUACUUUGUCUGUUCUAGACUACUGUUGUGGUCCUGCAUAACAUGGCAUAGAAUCAUGUGGGUGGUUCUUGGGGAUUUAUGCAAUGACAAGACCACCUUUGUUUUUUGUGGGUGCUUAUCUCUCCCUGUGCAUCCCGCUGCUUCAAGCAUUUCUCAUACUGCUUAAUCCAUUUGUUACCAUCUGGGGGUAAUUAACACAUUCAGCUUUUUUUUUUUUUUGUCUUGGUACUCUAUUUUCUGUUCCCCAGCCUGAUCCAUGUGAGCAUUUGAGUAUGUCUUUAAUAAGGGGCUUUCUGAGCUAAGGUUAAGGCUACUGUAGGGCUUCUAAAAGCACUUUCAUUCUCUGGCUAAUGGGUGUGUAAGCUGGGUGCUGACAUUGGGCUGUCAUUCAUACUGUUGCUUUCUAAUAGUUUGUCUUUCCCAUGGGCACUGUGGGACAUAGAAAGUGAUGCCUUACAUAUGUGGUGGAUUUAGGUAUUUUCAUAUGUGCACCUUAAUAUUUCAGGUAUCUAGCUGCAUCUCAUUACACAACAGAGGGUUGUUAAUUGGUAUUUUCACUUGUGGCUGUCCUUUAUUGGGGAGCAAGUAAAUAGAUUCACACCCUUUUAGGAAAAACAGACAUGACCUUUGCCACUGCAGCUGCCCUUUGAAACUCAGGCCAUUAACAAAACUGAGGUUCCAAGAGCACAAAUGGGAACUGACAGUGCAUUAGUGGGCAGCCAUUUCCCCUUCAUUUAAACCUCUUCAUGUACGCAUUUUCAUCUGUACAUGUUCUUAUUGAACUUGGAAAAAUGGUCAGCCUUUGUUUCCAUCUCUACAGUGUCACAUUUCAUUAGCAUAUUAGUACCAGCAAUGAUCCCAAUCACUUACAUUAUGUCCCUUCCACUGAAUGAGCUUCCACUGUUAUCUGCCCUAAACUGGUUAAAAUUCAUUGCACUACCUCCAGAUCACUGAUAAGUUGUUUUCUCUGCUUUUCUAGUCUUCUUUCAGAAGUUGUACACAUCACCACAGUGAUUUACUUUAAUUCAUUUGUAACUCAAGGCAGAUAAAUUUAUAAUGCUGUUACUGCAACAUUGUUUUCAUAUGGUAAAUGAAUGUUUGUGAACUUCUAGGGUGCCAUUCUCACAAUAUGCAUAGUUUUGUUUUAUUCAGCAGUGAUUCUGUUAACUACUUUACUAUUAGUGAUUUUUAGACUGUCUGGCCUGUAACCACCUGCCUCUUCCUCUUUUUCUGAUAUUACUUUCAUAUUGCACACAUACUCUUCUUCUACCAUGUCUACAGAGCUACAGUUGCAUGCAAUGAGUUAAUAAAUAAAACUAUCCAAAGUGCAGCAAGUACUUCUGUGACCUGAGUUACUCCCUCUGAUGUACAUCUUCUGUUCUUAUUGCUUUGAUCCCUUUUAGGUUGUUUUAUAAUGUUCUGUCAGAGUAAAUUAGUGGCAAAUUUCCUUACUCAGCUUCUUGUAUUUUUUAUUUAGGAAAUUAGAUGUUUUACUGCUCUAAUAGGGAAACAGUCAGCCUGCAAUAACAUUUUGACUGACAGCUACAACUGUUCAGGCUGAAAGCUGUACUGCCCCAUCCCACAGUGCACCACUUCCUGAUGCCUUUCUACAGUUGUGCCUUUCCAUCCUCAGAGUACACCACUUCCUAUUGCCUAUCUCCAGGUAUGCCCUCCCAUCCCACAGUGUACCACUCCCUGAUGCCUGUUUCCAGGUAUGCUUUCCCUUCCCACAAUGACACCUGUCUCCAGCUAUGCCCUCUCAUCCUGCAGUGUACCAGUCCCUGACACCUGUCUCCAGCUAUGUCUAGCCAUCCCACAGUGUACCACUCCCUGCAGCCUGCCUCCAGCGGUGCCAUCACAUUCCACAGUGCACCACUCCCUGCUGCUUGUCUGCUGUUCUUUCCCAGUGUGAGCACCCCAUGGUGCAAGAAACAGAAACAGACUUCAGAUUUUAGCUAAACUGUAAAAUUUUAGUUGAAGUUGUCUUGUAUGUAUAUUUCUGUUUUUAUUCCUUGUAAUCCUUCUUUGGACUUAAUUUAGAAUCUUCUGUAGUGAUUUCUUAUUUUCCCUAUUUAUCUGUUCUGACCCCUAACCGGGAAAAGCUGAAAGACACAACAACAACAACUUCCGUUCUGAGUCUAGGCAAUUUCAUGAAUGUCACAGCUAUGACUUCAUUACCAUUAAAUGUGUCAGUAUUGAAUAAAUAAUGCCUGCU